AAACAGGCGGAGGCUGGGCGGGGUGGGAAUGGGGCUCCCGCGGCCGGCCAGGGGGGCAGCGCAGGAGGCGGCGGUCGCGGCGGCUGCGUGAGUGCGAGGAGGAGGAGGCGGCGGCUGCAGCGGAGCCGACGGUCGCUGGGCGGCAGGCACUGGUGAUGGAUAGGUAACAGAGAAGACCGCAUCCCUUUCUUGUCAGGGCAUCAGCAUGACCGAGUGCUUCCUGCCCCCCACCAGCAGCCCUAGUGAACACCGCAGGGUGGAGCAUGGCAGCGGGCUGACCCGGACCCCCAGCUCUGAGGAGAUCAGCCCUACAAAAUUCCCUGGAUUGUACCGGACGGGUGAGCCCUCGCCUCCUCAUGACAUCCUCCAUGAGCCUCCUGAUAUAGUGUCAGAUGAUGAGAAAGAUCAUGGGAAGAAAAAAGGAAAAUUUAAGAAAAAGGAAAAAAGGACUGAAGGCUAUGCUGCCUUCCAGGAAGACAGCUCUGGGGAUGAAGCCGAAAGUCCGUCCAAGAUGAAGAGGUCCAAGGGAAUCCAUGUGUUCAAGAAGCCCAGCUUCUCUAAAAAGAAGGAGAAGGAUUUUAAAAUCAAAGAAAAACCCAAAGAAGAAAAGCAUAAAGAGGAAAAGCACAAAGAGGAAAAGCAUAAAGAGAAGAAAUCUAAAGACUUGACGGCAGCUGACGUUGUUAAACAGUGGAAGGAGAAGAAGAAAAAGAAAAAGCCAAUCCAGGAGCCAGAGGUGCCUCAGGUCGACGUGCCGAGUCUCAGACCCAUUUUUGGUGUUCCCUUGGCUGAUGCGGUCGAGAGGACCAUGAUGUACGAUGGCAUCCGUUUGCCCGCUGUCUUCCGGGAGUGCAUCGACUACAUGGAGAAGCACGGCAUGAAGUGUGAAGGCAUCUACAGAGUUUCAGGAAUCAAAUCAAAGGUAGAUGAGCUAAAAGCAGCGUAUGACCGAGAGGAGUCUCCAAACUUGGAAGAAUAUGAGCCUAACACUGUAGCCAGUUUGCUGAAGCAGUAUUUGCGAGACCUUCCAGAGAAUUUGCUUACCAAAGAGCUUAUGCCCCGUUUUGAAGAGGCUUGUGGGAGGACCACGGAGAUGGAGAAAGUGCAGGAAUUCCAGCGCUUGCUCAAGGAACUGCCAGAGUGUAACCACCUUCUGAUUUCCUGGCUCAUUGUGCACAUGGACCAUGUCAUUGCAAAGGAGCUAGAAACGAAGAUGAACAUCCAGAACAUCUCCAUAGUGCUUAGCCCAACCGUCCAGAUCAGCAACCGUGUCCUGUAUGUGCUUUUCACACAUGUGCAAGAACUCUUUGGCGCUGUAGUCCUAAAGCAAGUGACAAGGCCUCUGCGUUGGUCCAACAUGGCUACCAUGCCCACGCUGCCAGAGACCCAGGCAGGCAUCAAGGAAGAGAUCAGGAGACAGGAGUUUCUUUUGAAUUGUUUACAUCGAGAUCUGCAGGGCGGGAUAAAGGACUUAUCUAAAGAAGAAAGAUUGUGGGAAGUACAAAGGAUUCUGACUGCCCUCAAGAGAAAACUGAGGGAAGCUAAAAGACAGGAGUGUGAAACCAAGAUCGCACAGGAGAUAGCCAGUCUUUCGAAGGAGGAUGUUUCCAAGGAGGAAAUGAAUGAAAAUGAGGAAGUUAUAAACAUCCUCCUUGCCCAGGAGAAUGAGAUCCUGACUGAGCAGGAAGAGCUCCUGGCCAUGGAGCAGUUUCUGCGGCGUCAGAUCGCCUCGGAGAAGGAAGAGAUUGAGCGCCUCCGUGCUGAGAUUGCGGAGAUCCAGAGUCGCCAGCAGCACGGGCGGAGUGAGACUGAGGAGUACUCCUCCGAGAGCGAGAGCGAGAGCGAGGACGAGGAGGAGCUGCAGAUCAUUCUGGAAGACUUGCAGAGACAGAAUGAAGAGCUGGAGAUAAAGAACAACCACCUGAACCAGGCAGUCCACGAGGAGCGGGAGGCCAUCAUCGAGCUGCGUGUACAGCUCCGACUGCUCCAGAUGCAGCGAGCCAAGUCUGAGCAGCAGCUACAGGAGGAUGAGGAGCCUGAGAGGCGAGGGGGCGUAGGCCCCCCGCCCUGUGACGGUGUCCUCGAGGUCAAAGCAGCUAAGGAGCAGGUGAAGCCCUCCCCCAGCAAAGACCGGAAGGAGACGCCCAUCUGAACUGCCUCGGGCCCUGGGCGUCUUACUGUAAGCGAGAGCCAGCUGACUUGGCUGCCGUACCUGCUGCAGAGGUUCUCAGAGAUGCUUCCUCUUGCACACGCCUGGCUCCUUGUCAGGCUCAGGCCCUGGGAGGGUGAAGCAGUGGACAGCCGGGGCUUACAGGGAACACAUGAGUUUCCAGAUAGUGUCAGCUUAUUCGAAAAUUAAUUUUCUCUGUUCAAAAUAACUAUUUUAACCCUUGAGUGGCUUCUUUUUAAACCAAAAAUUGUCUUUCUUUGCUUUUUUUUUUUUUUUUUAAAUCACAGCAGAAUCAGGAUCUCUUAUCAAAGGGUGGGAACCAAACCAGGUCACUUCUGCACCUGCCUUGUGGACGCUCGUGGUCUCGCCAGCCCCACAGGGUCUCUGGCCACUCUUGAUUGUGCCUUCCACACCUUCUGGUGCAGAUUGUUCAGUGGGGAGCUGCCUCCUAUUUUCUGACUGGCCAAAAACGGCUCUCGCUGGGUGUUCCUUUACCCGACUGUACUGCUUUGCUUUUACAGUUCCGAAUCAGGUCUGUCAGUGAGUCAUCACCAUGGCCUAGUGUGGUUGCAGGUAGAGGUUACGGUGGAGCCUGCCACCACCGUACAGGCGCAGUCACUCACUGCCAGGGAUCAGCAAAGGCCUUUCCACCGAGGUGGUCAGAGGUGACCACCUUGACCCUGAGGCAUUAACACAAAGGAUGCUUCUCAAACCAGAAACCUUUACUCAACAGACCUCCCAGGAAAACAAGAAUGAUUGAGUUGCUUGCUUGGGCUGGGGUGUGCACACCUGCCAGGAUAAGCCAUGUAGACGUUCUCACACAGAAGUUUUUACUCAUUCACAUCAUCUCAAGGGAGUGCUUACGGAUCCCUCUGACCAUCGAGCAGCGGCAAAGUGACAGCUGCAGCUGACCCCUCUUGAUUGUGCUAGCUCGGGCGGCUCCAAGGUGUCUGGGAGGCCUGACUCUUAGGCAGCUGGCCAGGCUGGGUUGGACUGCCAGAUGAGUGGUCCCCGUGGGAGCUUCCCUGUGGCUCUGAAGACCAACUCCACACAGUACAGUGAGAAACACACCCACACGAGGGCUCUAGUCCCCCCGGUUAGUAUUUAUUUCAGCACCUGUUUGAUGCAGUUUUUUGUUUUUUUUUUUAACCCUCUACCUAUUGCACUGUUGUGACUUGUUGGCCAUUAUUUGAUUUUUGUACGGAAAAAAAGCUUUGUUAUAGAAAUCAGCAUACUAUUUUUUUAAAUCUGGAGAGAAGAUAUUAUGGUGACUGGAAAUAUGAUCAGGUGUCAAAUAUAAAUGUAUAAACGC